GCCCGCUCGGACUUCCGGUUUGGGAGCUGUACUUGGGAGGCUGGAGAGCCGGGGCUGGGGCCGGGGUCAGGGUCGGACCCCGAGUGGAUGAGGCUGGCCCGGAGGCAAGGAUGCGAGGGGGUUGAGGGGCAGGUCGAGAGGGAGACGCUCCCAGGGGUGGGCUGGAGGGCGCCCUCAGGGCGCCUUAGCCGGGUCAGAGGCCUCUGGAGGGACCGCACGACGGCUCCGGGUUACCCGGCCGGAGGGAGCGGAGACAAAAGAGGCCAGAAUCCCGCAGCCGCUGCUCCUUGAGCUGAGAGCUCUGCGUCCGCGAACCGGCAGCACCUGGAGCCUCUGGCCGACACCCGAGCCCGUCCUCAGGAAGCCCGUUACUACUGCUCCUCGGACUCCGUCUCUCCAGCGCAAUGUGACUCUCCCCAAGCCCCCUCGGUCCUCGCUUUGGAGCCAAAACCAGCUUCUCUCCUUGCGCGAGGUUUUCCGACAGGAAGAAACAUCUCUUACAGAGUCAUCUGCAGGGGAUUCUCCAAGGACAUGGGAAGAUAGAUGUAAGCCCUGGAACCCAGACUCCUAAGCGAAGGGAAGCUGCUUUCUGCUAUUAAUGAUGGCCAAAUCAGCUCUAAGAGAGAAUGACACUAACUCUGAGACCUUCCGACAGCGUUUCAGGAGAUUCCAUUACCAGGAGGUGGCUGGGCCGCGGGAGGCUUUCAGCCAACUCUGGGAACUUUGCUGUCGGUGGCUAAGGCCGGAGGUGCGCACCAAGGAGCAGAUUGUAGAACUGUUGGUGCUAGAGCAGUUCCUGACCGUCUUACCUGGGGAGAUCCAGAAUUGGGUACAGGAACAAUGUCCAGAAAAUGGAGAGGAGGCAGUGACUCUCGUGGAAGAUUUAGAAAGAGAGCCUGGAAGACCUGGAUCUUCGGUCACAGUCUCUGUGAAGGGGCAGGAAGUGCGCUUGGAGAAGAUGACACCCCCGAAAUCAUCACAAGAGUUAUUAAGUGUUCGGCAGGAGUCAGUGGAACCCCAGCCCAGGGGUGUACCCAAGAAAGAGAGGGCAAGAAGCCCAGACCUGGGACCACAGGAGCAGAUGAACCCAAAGGAGAAGCUCAAACCUUUUCAAAGGAGCGGAUUUCCAUUUCCUAAAUCCGGUGUGGUCUCCAGGUUGGAGCAAGGAGAGCCAUGGAUCCCAGAUCUGCUGGGCUCUAAGGAGAAAGAACUUCCAAGUGGCAGCCACACAGGAGACAGACGAGUGCAUGCUGAUCUGUUACCAUCCAAGAAAGAUAGAAGAAGCUGGGUGGAACAGGAUCACUGGAGCUUUGAAGAUGAGAAGGUGGCAGGUGUGCACUGGGGCUAUGAAGAGACCAGAACGCUCCUCGCAAUUCUCAGCCAGACUGAGUUUUAUGAGGCUCUCAGAAACUGCCAUAGGAACAGCCAAGUGUAUGGGGCUGUGGCUGAGCGGCUCAGGGAAUAUGGCUUCCUCCGGACCCUGGAACAGUGUCGGACCAAGUUCAAAGGUCUCCAGAAGAGCUAUCGGAAAGUCAAGAGCGGCCACCCACCUGAGACCUGCCCCUUCUUUGAAGAGAUGGAAGCCCUGAUGAGUGCUCAGGUCAUCGCCCUGCCCAAUAAUGGCCUGGAAGCAGCAGCCUCUCACUCUGGCCUGGUAGGCAGCGAUGCUGAGACUGAAGAGCCAGGGCAGAGGGGCUGGCAGCAUGAGGAGGGAGCAGAAGAGGCUGUGGCUCAGGAGUCUGACAGUGAUGACAUGGAUCUAGAGGCGACCCCCCAGGACCCCAACUCAACUGCACCUGUUGUGUUCAGAAGCCCAGGUGGUGUACACUGGGGCUAUGAAGAGACCAAGACUUACCUUGCAAUUCUUAGUGAGACCCAGUUUUAUGAAGCCCUCCGGAACUGUCACCGCAACAGCCAGCUGUAUGGAGCAGUGGCUGAGAGGUUAUGGGAAUAUGGCUUUCUUAGGACCCCAGAACAGUGUCGGACCAAGUUUAAAAGCCUGCAAACCAGCUAUCGGAAAGUUAAGAAUGGCCAGGCACCAGAGACCUGUCCCUUCUUUGAAGAGAUGGAUGCUUUGGUGAGUGUCCGGGUUGCUGCCCCACCCAGUGAUGGCCAGGAAGAGACUGUUUCUUGCCCCUUCCAGGGGACCAGUGAGGCUGAAGCUCAGAAGCAAGCCGAGGAGGCAGAUGAGGCCACAGAGGAAGAUUCUGAUGAUGAUGAAGAGGAUACUGAGAUACCCCCAGGGGCUGUCAUAACCCGUGCUCCAGUGUUAUUCCAAAGCCCCCGUGGUUUUGAAGCUGGAUUUGAGAAUGAACAUAAUUCAAAACGGGAUAUUUCUGAGGAAGUACAACUGCAUAGGACAUUACUUGCAAGAUCUGAAAGGAAAAUUCCGCGGUAUCUUCAUCAGGGUAAAGGCAAUGAGAGUGACUGUAGAUCAGGAAGACAGUGGGCAAAGACCUCAGGGGAGAAAAGAGGAAAACUGACACUCCCGGAGAAGAGCUUAAGUGAAGUCCUAAGUCAACAGAGACCUUGCUUGGGAGAGAGACCCUAUAAAUAUCUCAAAUACAGCAAAAGCUUUGGUCCAAACUCCCUUCUCAUGCAUCAGGUAUCCCACCAGGUGGAAAAUCCAUAUAAAUGUGCUGAUUGUGGGAAAAGCUUCAGUCGGAGUGCACGACUCAUUAGACACCGGAGAAUCCACACUGGAGAGAAACCUUAUAAAUGUCUUGACUGUGGAAAAAGUUUCCGUGACAGUUCAAAUUUCAUCACCCAUAGGAGAAUCCACACAGGAGAGAAACCUUAUCAAUGUGGUGAGUGUGGGAAAUGCUUCAAUCAGAGCUCAAGCCUUAUCAUUCACCAGAGAACCCACACAGGAGAAAAGCCCUAUCAAUGUGAAGAGUGUGGAAAAAGCUUCAAUAACAGUUCUCAUUUUAGUGCACAUCGGAGGAUACACACAGGAGAGAGACCCCAUGUGUGUCCUGACUGUGGAAAGAGUUUCAGUAAGAGUUCUGACUUACGUGCACAUCAUAGAACCCACACAGGAGAGAAACCCUAUGGGUGUCAUGACUGUGGCAAGUGCUUCAGUAAAAGCUCUGCCCUUAAUAAGCACCGAGAAAUCCAUGCACGGGAAAAGCUUCUUACACAGUCAGCUCCUAAGUAAGCCCCUGAGGAUAUACAACGGAAAGAGGCUCAAUAAAUGUAUUGUUUAGAAAGUC